AUGGCUUCUCUGUCCACUCUGUGCAACCUCCUGCAGGAAUGCAUCUCAUCUCUUCUCACCUGGAAAGCACUGGCACUGUUCCUCGCACUGAUCAACCUGAAGAACCUCCCUCUGGUCUGGCAUGCCCGCCUCGCCCACCACCUCUACCGGAACAUCCGGCGCACCCCGCAAGACCCGCACCACCCAGCAUCCACCCACCCGCCGCCGCACGCGACGCACCCGAUCUUCCUCCCGCUGACCAUCAGCUCGCGCACCCCGAUCCUGGAAACCGACUACAACUUCCACAAGUCCAACAGCACCUACUUCUCCGACCUGGACAUCGCCCGCACCGCCCUGGCCACCCGCAUCUUCACCCCGGGGUCCCGCCUCGUGAACCGCGAGCUCGACGCCGAACUCGCGUCUGCGUCUUCCUCUCUAUCAUCAGCAUCAUCCGGGAAGGCGGAGAAGCAACAACCCAAAGGCGGAAGCAAACUCGGACUGUACAUCGCCCUGGGCAGCGUGUUCUGCAGCUUCAAGCGCGAGAUCAAGCCCUUCGAGCGGUAUGAGAUCACUUCGAGGGUGAUCAGUUGGGAUGAGAAGUGGGUGUAUAUGAUUAGUUACUUUGUGAGGCCGCAGGCUGGGGGUAAGGGAAAGGGGAUGGGGAUGGGGAAGGGGAAGGGGAGGUUGUUGGCUACCGCGCUGAGUAAGUAUGUGGUUAAGAAGGGGCGGGUUACGGUGCCCCCUGAGAGGGUGCUCAGGGCUAGUGGGUUCUUGCCGGAGAGGCCGGCGGGGUCGGUUGCUUCGUCGGUGGGUGGGGGUGGGAGCUUGACGCCGGGGGAGAGUGGGAGUGAGGAGGGGCAGCUGCUGGAUGAGGGGAUUACGGCCACGGGGACGGCCACGGGGGUGGAUGCGGCGGUUGUGAGGGAGGUGUUGUUGGACGCCGGGGGUGGUGAUGAUGCGGUGAAGGAGGAGCAGAGGGAGAGGAAUGUUCAUUCGUGGAAUGAGGAGGAUUGGCCCUGGCAGAGGAUCGAGGAGGAGAGGCUGCGUGGGCUGAGGGUUGUGGAGGGCUAUGCUGCGUUGGAUGCGAAGUUAUUUGAGGAGUGGGGUGGGGAGUGA